AAAUGUAGAUUGUUCGCACAGAAUACCCUAAUAUUCGCAAAAUGGCACUGUGUCCGUUCCAUUUAGCGAUUCCCACUCACGAUCUAACAGCAGCUCGGGAAUUUUACGGGGGGAUCUUGGGAUGUCCCGAGGGCCGAUCGGCGAGGACCUGGGUGGAUUUCAAUCUCUUUGGCCAUCAACUGGUGUGCCAUUUUGUGGAAGGAUACAAUGCCGCGAGCACUGCAAACGCCGUUGAUGGAGAUCCAGUUCCAGUCCCACACUUUGGAUUGGCUCUUUCGGUCCCGGAUUUCUUGAAGCUCGCUGAGCGUGUCACUGCUGCUGGCGUGAAGUUUAUCAUCGAGCCACACCUUCGCUUCACUGAUCAACCGGGAGAACAGUGGACGAUGUUCUUUAAGGAUCACAGCGGCAACUCCGUCGAGUUUAAAGCCAUGACUAAUCCUGAGAACUUAUUCGCCAAGUACGUAGUGGAGUGAAAAAUAAAUGUGAACAUAUGUAGAUUUUGCCAUCUUACCGGGAAAAAGAAACUUUGCCUUCUUUUCAUUA